AUGAUGAAAUCAUGUAUAUUCCUGUUUCUGCUCAAGUUGUACUUUUCAAGUGCGUUCAUCUUCGGCGCGUCAAGGGAACAGUUGAAGAAGGAGAUCGUCGACCUUUCGCGCUCAGUGGAUCGAGGUCUCACUUCCACACCGGAACAAGAUGCACAGAUCCUGUCCCUUUUUGAAAAGUUGGAAAAGAUGAACCCAACAAGGAAGACUCUCAAGUCGGACCUUGUCAAUGGUGUAUGGUCUUUGGAAUAUACAACAUCAGCUCUUAUCUUAGGCAAAGGAGGGGUUGGAAAGAGGGUUGGACCAGUCUUGCAAACGAUCGACACCAAAUCGUUGAGUGCCGAGAAUUCGGAGGUUGUGGACUACUUUGGAAUCAAAGUUCCCAGCAAGGUAUCAGCCGAGUUGUCCCCUCAAAACGACCGGCUAACCAAUGUUCAAUUCAAACGAUUUUCCUUUGGUCCGUUUGGGUUUGAUGCUCCAGAGCAAUUCAAAGGAUAUCUCGACGUUACAUACUUGGACCAGGAUCUUCGUCUCACAAGAGGGGACAAAGGAAAUAUCUUUGUCCUGACUAGAACUUGA